GUGGCCUUAACGGGACUCCAGCAGCACCGCGGUAGAUGAAUGAGAAACACACAGCUUCCACCUCUAUCCGUCUGCCAGUCUCCACCACCGCCCCAGCACUGUCCGCGGUCCCCUGAAACCUGUCUCUGAAGAACCAUGUCCGAGGCAGAACAAGCCCCGGCCUCGGCUCCGGAGGCCGCCGCCGCCGCAGUCCUGGACGCCCUGAACGCCACGGACUCCAACGGGACCGAAGCGCUCAACGCGACGGCUAAAUUCGUGGCCACUCCGGAGGGCACGGCGCUGGCGUACGGCAGCCUGAUGUUCAUGGCGCUGCUGCCCAUCUUCUUUGGAGCCCUGCGGUCCGUCACCUGCUCCAAAUCCAAGGAGCUCGGAGAAAAUGAUUACGAUUCUGGGUUCAGAAAUGCAUCAGAUAUGCCGGAAACGAUCACCGGUCGAGACGCCGCGAGGUUUCCCAUCAUCGCCAGCUGUACUCUGUUCGGGCUCUACCUCUUCUUCAAGGUCUUUUCUCAAGAGUACAUCAACCUGCUGCUGUCUGUCUACUUCUUCGGCCUGGGCGUCCUGGCUCUGUCUCACACGAUGAGUCCUCUGAUGUCCAGAAUCUUUCCAGAGUCUUUCCCAAACAAGCAGUACCAGCUGCUCUUCACUCAGGGCUCUGGAGAGUCCAAAGAAGAAAUAGUCAACUAUGAGUUUGACACCAAGAACCUGGUGUGUCUGCUCAUCAGCAGUGUGGUGGGAGUCUGGUACCUGCUCAAAAAGCACUGGAUAGCCAAUAACCUGUUCGGCCUGGCGUUUGCCCUGAAUGGAGUGGAGCUGCUCCACCUGAACAACGUCAGUACCGGCUGCAUCCUGCUGGGGGGGCUGUUCGUCUACGACGUCUUCUGGGUGUUUGGGACCAAUGUCAUGGUAACAGUUGCCAAGUCCUUCGAAGCACCAAUCAAAUUGGUCUUUCCUCAGGACUUGUUGGAGAAAGGACUUGAAGCCAGUAACUUUGCCAUGCUGGGUCUGGGCGACAUCGUCAUCCCAGGUAUCUUCAUCGCCCUGCUGCUGCGCUUCGACGUCAGCCUAAAGAAGAACAGCAGGACAUAUUUCUACUCCAGUUUCCUGGCCUACAUCUUCGGACUGGGCCUCACCAUCUUCGUCAUGCACACCUUCAAACACGCACAGCCCGCCCUGCUCUACCUGGUCCCAGCCUGCGUCGGCUUCCCCGUCAUCGUAGCACUGCUCAAAGGAGAGCUCACGGAGAUGUUUAGGUACGAGGAGUCCUCUCCUGAGGAGGAGGGCGCUAAAGAGGAAUCAUCAGAGUCGGAGAAAAAGGACCAAUAGCAUCCAUCGCUUCCUGCCCCCCUUCAAACACUUCUCAUCCAGCCUGCUGCCACCACAUUUCACUGAAGCCCCUCCCGCUCCCACCUCUCCAGCUUCCUGUUCGUCGCCGGGGGAAACGGGGCUCAUGUAGCCAACAUGUUCGUCUCUGAUAACCACGGGAACGGCCGCUGGUCUCCGUGGUAACGGCUGCUGUCGUGCUACCGGUGGUGGUGUUUAUGAUUAAAGGUUGUUUCGUUCCAACAGCUCAGACUCGGUGCCUGCCAUGAUUCCUCUGUCCGUCUCUCAGCUGCUCUCACACAGGAACUCAAAACCUCUGCGGCUCCAGAUUCGAACCAUUUAACCCGAAACCAUCCUCCGAGCGAGAGCCACCUUGGUCUUAUUGUGCGUUCACGGAGUUAAACUUUGUCUAGCAAUAUGUUUGGGAACGUGGAGUCGAUAUGAUCGUGUGAAACCAGCCGCAGCAUCGUCACAUCUGAUCUUGUGUGUUAGCAGCUCGCUGGCUCAGAUAGACCAGGAAACCGUUGAGUUUCCACCGUUUGAAGGAGGGUUUGGCCUCGCUAAAACAAGCUCUUCUGUCGUCUUCGCUCUGAACUUUCUGUGUCUUUAAAGCCUCCAAACAAAGAACCGCCAUUCUCAGUCAUGUAAGUCAUCCCAGGUACCUGAGCUCACCUCCUCCACGCCGCAUGCUGGCCACCUGUGACUCAUCCAGGUGUGGUUCUUUGUCUCAGGCUUUAAUCACUUCCUGGUUUAUUUGGCGCCGGGCUGCUGCUCACUCUGCCUUCUGCUUUCUCACAUCAGCGUUUUCUGAUGGUUCAGUUUGACUUUUUCUUGUACACGGCCAGAAUUUCAAGAUGAAAAAAUCUAUUAGAGGUGUUUAAUUGUUAUUUGUCCUGUGUUUACAGCCUCUUGUCUAAAUGCUGACUGUAUGAGUGCAUCAGUUCUCUGUUCCAGCCGUUUAACAGGAAAUAAAUCUCACUGAUGGCACCUGUUCACAGGUGUGAACGUUUUAGAGCGUGCACUCUUCAUGGAUAAGCGAAGGUUAAAACUGACAACAGCUGUAGUUCUAAACUAAAGGGACCAAAUGUUUUCCCCAAGCUCAGCACCUUUCUGUUAGUUCUGCUUCUUCAGGAUCUGCAAAGUCUACCUGAUUAUUUCGGCAGAGAGGACAGGUGAGCGUUAACCUGCCUGGUUAAACAAAGCUGGGUGAACCCUCCAGACACCAGUUUUCAGUCUUAAAGUUCUGGCCUGUGAGAGGAGUAAAGGGAGGAGGAGGCAGACUGAACCUCCUCUGCUGAGUAUUUCCAGUCCUCCCAGUCCUCAUGCUCAGAUCUUAUUGGUGGAAAGGCUGCAAGGAGAGGUGCCAUGUGACCUCUUCAUCCAGUAAACUGAGAAUGAGUCAAGGGAUUUCAGGGUUUUUUACCACAAGCGUUCUCAGACUGAUCCUGAUCUGGUUUGAACAAACUCAACUUUCUUAGAACUGAUGAUUUCAUGUUCGUCUAUAAUGAUCGACAGAUUUUUCUAAAUUCAGGAUUCACUACUUUUCUCUGUGCUCAACUGUUGGUCAGACAAAAUGACAAUAUACUCAGUUCUAAGAUAUAAAUCAGAAAUUGAAGGAAAAUGUCAGAAUUUAUAGCCAAAAGUCAGAAUUUUGGGAUUACAGGGCUCGCCCAGCAAUUUACUAUCACACAUCCGUAAAGUCAGGUGACUCAGAAGAGACGCAUGAAAACAAGAAAGGCCAAAACUGAAGCAGCAGAAGCUUCAUUUCGAGCCACAUUUCCCAUAAUGCAACUUGAUAGAAGGCAUUAAAUUGCUCUCACAGGCUGAGUUGGUGCAGUAAUCAAGACAAGCUGAUCUUGAUAUCUAAAAUUGGUGGAGUGGCCCUUUAAAGUCAGUUUCUUUAAGAGUCAGUUUUUGUAUAAAAGUCAGAAUUUCAAAAUAAAAGUUUGAAUUAUUGAUUAUUUUUUUAGGAGAUUUAAACGUUCUGACUUUUUCCUUAAUUUUUUUUUUAUUGUAUUACUGCUUACAGUAUUAAUAUAAAUGUAUUGAAUGGCAUUUUGGGAAGUAAUUUGUAUUUGAAGUCUUGGAGAAAUCAGAACAUUUCACUCUCCAGGACGUCAUUUUUAAGUCUUUGUCACAGUUUGAAAUGAACGAACAGAUCUAUCAGUUUUUGGACGCGUGAGAAAAAGCCGCUCUGACUGGACAUAUUCAGCCUCGCAUUAUUAUUCUCGAUGUUAUUGGUGUUGAAGCUUUAUUAAGAGAUGCACAGUUUUGUAUUUUGAUGUAAAGAAGUUAGAAGUAUAUGCUCAUAUUCAGCUCAGUGAAGUUCAGUAGCCCCUCAUCAUUUUCAAUAUAAUGUACCGUUUUCGUUUUUCUUUCUCUUUCUCUCUCUGGUUGCAUUCGUGCAGGAGGUCGUUUUACGGCCCCGACUGUAUCUGUUUUAUUUGCAAUAAAGUUUUUGGUGUUUUGAUCACCGUAUAGAGAAGCAUAA